UGCUUACCCAACAUAAACAUACACAUACACAAUGGAUACACUUCGCAAUUCUUGGCGCUCCGACAAUCUCGUUUACCGCAGCAUCGAGGAAAACGACGAAGACUUUGCGUUUAUCAAGUCCCUUCGGUCCGACCCAGUCAACCUAGGACUUUCCACCAGGGGCAUGGUGCGACCUCCAACCGCAAAAGCUACCAAAGAAUACAUGCAGUAUUUCCCGAAGAAUAUCCUCGCUGUGAUGAUAUGUCUGCCCCCACAUCCCCUACAAACCGAAGAACAAACCGAUCCAGACCAGACCCAAAACGAAACCCGGGCGCUGCCAAAAGCCACCCCCAUAGGUUUCUUGGCGUUAUUCGACCCCAUCACCGAAGCCGCUGGCAUCCACCGUAAUGCCUUUCUAUGUAUCUCCCUGGCAGAGCACUACCGCGGCAAAGGCUACGGGACCGAGGCUAUCAACUUCGCACUAGAUUUUGCCUUUCGGUACGCGAAUUUGCAUCGCGUUGCCCUGGAGGUGUUCUCGUAUAACGAGAAAGCGUUACGGGUGUAUCGGAAGGUGGGGUUUGUGGUUGAGGGACGCAAAAGGGAGGAUCAUUUCUUUGAUGGCGUAUAUCAUGAUACGCUGAUGAUGGGGAUUUUGAAAAAGGAGUGGGGUCUCUUGAGAGGGAAUAAGGUAGAUGCAAUUCACUCAGCCUAAGAUUUAAGAUUGGGACCUGGUAAGGACUGCUUGAUGUAUUAUCACGUGAGUUACGAGGCUGGUUGAAAUAGUUUGGUUUAGGACCUGAGGGCUCGGCUCUCUGACAUGCAGUUCUGCACAUGUGCAGGAAUGUUGAGGAGGAGUCUAUCAAAAGUUCUGUAAAGUUUACUAGAUACACGAUUGAUUAUAUUAUGUGAUUAGAAGGCGAAAUAACUAGUUAUAUGUU